GUCUCGUUGAAAAUGAAUCAAUGACUGGUGUCCCCCACUCGCUUCACACAAUUCCUCCUCCACAAUAAUAAAAUCUGACAACAGAAAGCAAUAUGUCCGCCAUAUACGGCAGCCGUCGGCCAUCCAGUCUAGUCCAGCUCCGGUCCUUGGACUGUCGAGUAGGAUGAUCGUGCCUACUGAAAAUUCCCUGAUCCUAGGAAUAGCUCAAGCAACAAAUAAAUGAAACAGUGAAUUACGGCUUAAUUAAUAAUUACCAACAAUGCGGAUAAUUAAGUGUCCAGGGGAGAGAAAAUAGACAAGCGCUUCUCUCAUCGGGAAUUCGGUUUUUUAGAAAUUCGUGAGGUGAUCCUCUGUGGAGCAAUAGCUGCUCAGCCCCAUCAAGUUCUGGAGAAUCAUUUGGGAAACAGGAUAUGGAUGACUCGAGUGUUCGUGUUGCCGUUCGGAUACGGCCUCAAGUGGCUCGCGAGGUGAUCGACAUGUGUCGAAUCUGCACUCAAGUGCCCCCGGGUGAACCCCAGGUAUUUCUGGGACCUGACAAGGCCUUCACCUAUGACUACGUCUUCGAUACAAACACCGGACAGAAUCCGAUCUACGAUGCAUGUGUUGCCAGACUGGUUGAUGGUGCAUUGGACGGAUACAAUGCAACAGUUCUAGCAUAUGGACAAACUGGCUCCGGAAAGACCUAUACUAUGGGCACUGGAUUUGACGUUGAAGUGGAUGAGACGAUUGUUGGCAUUAUUCCAAGAGCUAUCAGACACUUGUUCGAUGGUAUCGCUGAUAAACAGGCCAGUGCUAGGGAGCGAGCUCUUAUGCCACCUGAAUUCAAGGUGACCGCCCAAUUUCUGGAGCUGUACAACGAAGACCUGAAGGACCUGUUGGAGCCCGGCGGUCCUCGAGGUGGUGCACGUAUCCACGAAGAUCCCUCUGGCAACAUUCACCUCGCUGGGGUUGAGCCCCGGGUUGUCACCAGUCCCGAACAAGCUCUCGAGUAUCUCCGCCUGGGUGCCCUCUCGCGAACCACGGGUUCCACUCAAAUGAAUACUCAAUCCUCUCGAUCGCAUGCGAUCUUCACCCUCUAUAUAAAACAACAACGGUGCAUUAAGAUCGAAGACCCUGACGCGGACGUCGACACGACAUCCUCAGACCCCACAAACGAGUUCGAAACCUUGACCGCUAAAUUUCACUUCGUCGAUUUAGCGGGAUCCGAGCGGUUGAAACGAACGGGUGCCACCGGUGAUCGAGCGAAGGAAGGCAUUUCCAUAAACUGCGGCCUCCUGGCCCUGGGGAACGUUAUCUCCGCCCUUGGGGACAAAACAAAGAAAGCUUUACACGUGCCUUACCGAGAUUCCAAGCUGACGCGUCUCCUUCAGGACUCCCUGGGUGGCAAUAGCCAGACGGUCAUGAUCGCUUGUGUCUCCCCUAGUGAUCGUGAUUUCAUGGAGACAUUGAGUACUUUGAAGUAUGCGAAUCGGGCUCGAAACAUCAAGAACAAGGUCAUGAUCAAUCAAGACAAAUCGUCAAGAACAAUCGCAUCUCUUCGACGUGAAAUCCAGCAGCUUCAGCUGGAGCUUCUGGAGUACCGACAAGGUAAACGAGUUGUCGGAGAAGACGGAGUGAAUGAUGCCUGGCACGAGAAUCAGAUGCUCAACAGCGAGCUGCAAAGCCUUCGAACGAGGGUGAAAGCCUUAUCCGAAACCGUGGAGGCACUGACAGCAAAGAACUCGUUGUUGAUCGCUGAGAAAGCUUCUGGUCAGUGGGUGAAUAGCGCCUCUGGAGAAGAUGUGUCGGGUUUGAUACUGGGCUACGUCCAGGAGAUCGAGGAGCUACGAGCGAGGCUGAUGGAGGCCGAAGCAAUGUAUCAACAGUUGAAAAAGCGACAAUUGCAGGUACAAGCAGCCAAUCCUUACUCAGAACCGUCCUAUGCUUUUGGUGAUUCAUCAUCAGUCCUUGCCGAUGCUAAACGAGAGCUGCAGAAGGAAAUGGACACUCUCGCGGCCUUGAAGGGACAGCAGAACAAUGAUGAAGAUAAUGAGGCUGACGGGGCGGAGAACGGGCAGGAGUCAAUGAGCGACGACGAAUCCGAUGACGAUUCUGAUAGGAAGGAGGAGGAUGAGGAGGAAGCUGCUAUGGGAAGGGAGUUGGAAGCAUUGACAUCUGAUAUUGAUGUGAAGCAACGGUUGAUUCAAGAGUUGGAGUUGUCCCAGAGGAGACUGCAGACGAUGAAGCAGCAUUACGAGGACAAGUUGGUGCAGUUGCAAGCCAGAAUCAAGGACACUCAGGAGGAGAGGGACAAGGUGCUGUCUUCUCUUCAGCAACAGGCGUCACCACCGACGGAAAAGGUGAAGAAAUUGAGAGAUGAGUACGAGAAGAAACUAACAUCCAUGCAGAAGGAAGUUCGCUUGCUGCAGACGGCGAAGAAAGAACAUGCGAGAUUACUGAAGAGUCAGUCGCAAAAUGAGAAUAGGCUGAGGGGGCUGAGGAACGAGCUCGCCGAGAUGAAGAGGGCAAAGGUUAAGUUGUUGAAUAAGAUGAGGGAAGAGGCACAGAGACAUAAGGAAAACGAGUUGAGGAGAAAUCGGGAGAUAGCGCAGUUGAGGAAGGAGAGCAGGAAGAAUGCGAAUAUGAUAAGGACUCUGGAAGCGGAUAAGAGAAUGAAGGAGGUGGUGCUGAGGAGGAAGCAGGAGGAAGUGACAGCGUUGCGAAAGAGGGAUAGGGGGCUCAGCCAGAAGGUGGCAGGUAGAACUGUGGUGAAGAAGGUUAACCAGAAAACGCUGAAGCAAAUGUGGCAGACUUUUGAAAGAACUAUUACCAAACAAGCGUUGGCGAAGCAGGCCGCUGCUGAGACUGAAAGGGAGAUGGAAAGGUUGUUGAUGGAGAGAGAGGAAUUGGGGAGGGAUUUGGAAAGGCUCCAGAAGCAUCGCAUAGUAGCCGCAACCACUCGGGGUGAUACUGCAGAUGUUGACGAGGAUAUCGACAAUGUCAAGAGCAAGAUUAGUUAUCUGCAAGACAGCAUUGCGGAGUGUCAGAGGGAUAUGGUGGAGAUGGGAGAUGGGGAGACAGAGGCGGAGCCAGGGGUCGAAGCAUUGAUUGCAGCUGUGAAGAGUGUCGACGAGGCGCAAUAUCUUCUGCAGAGGAUGCUCAAUUUCACGGUGGAACAGAGUUGCAGUGCGGCACAGAAGCAGCUUGAGGUGAGGGACAUGGAGAGUCGGCUUAAUCAGGUGGCACAGGAGAGCGAUGUUCAGCAUCAACUUUUGGAGCAUGUGCUGAGGGACAGGGAUCUCCUUACGAUGACCAGUAGUCAUGAUAAUAGUUUGGUUUAUAGCCCGCCCAGCUCGAGGAGUUCUUCACCUGAUAACAGCGAAAGCUAUAGCCAAAUAUCAAUGAACGAUACCAAGCAAAAGAGCAAUAAAGUUCGCCGACGCACAACUCAACCCCAGGAGCUCCUCUACGGCAUAGGAUCAGGUGCUGAUUCACUGAAGGCCGAUGAUCACAAUCAAAAUCACAAUCAUCCACUGACUCGAGUGCCCAGUGCACCUGGCAGUCUUAAAGGUUUAGUAUUGACACGCGGCCAGCAUGGCAGUGGCAUGGCUGGUGGUGGAUCACCGAUACUCAGUAGACGUGACAGCACAUCACCACGACCUCUUCGGAGGCCACUGCAUCCUGGUGGGGGCUCUAUGGAGCACGUUGCCCAAAUGGACGUGUCAUCGCCACCAGGAUCGCCGACCAUUUAUCGGCGAUUCAAUAGUCGCGAGGAGAAUGUUUUCUCGAGACUAACUGCCACUAGACAACCACUGACAACUGAUCCACAGCCGACAAAGGGGGUCAUUUCACAAUAUCCAGGAAAGGUGCAGCCUAGAGCGCCUCUGCAAUGUACUCACGUUGCUGAAGGCCACAGCAAGGCAGUGCUGGCUAUCGAUGCAACGGAAGACUUACUAUUCAGCGGCUCGAAAGACCGAACAGUAAAGAUAUGGGACCUGGGAACAGGACUGGAGAACAUGACACUCUCAGGACACCCCAAUAACGUAGUUGCAGUUAAAUAUUCAGAGUCCCAUCGUCUCCUCUUCAGCGUAUCAUCGGCCUACGUAAAAGUCUGGGACCUUCGUACGAGCAAUUCGUGUGUCAAAACACUCUUCUCCUCGGGACAGACCCAGAGUGGGGCAUUAUCCCUGACAACAACAGCGAGAACCCUACAAGUGCCUCCUGGUGAAACGACAAUAAACGAUUUGGCACUAAGUUUGGAUGAGCAGGAGUUGUAUAUAGCGACUAGUGAUAAAGUGAGGGUCUGGGAUCUCAGGAAAUUAACGUACACUGGACGUCUGAGUACACCGCACACAGCAGCUGUUAUGUGCCUGGCUGUCGCUGAUGAUGGACGAGUCAUCACAGGGAGCAAGGAUCAUCUUAUUUCUCUGGUUGAUACGAAUACUUCUGGACAAGCCGUCAGUCUUGCUCCACCUCAUUACGAUGGGGUGCAGUGUCUUGCCACUAGUGGGUCUACCCUAUUUUCAGGUUCCAGGGACAUGUGCAUCAAACGUUGGGAUCUCAGCCGGAUGGAGCUGCUCCAGUCGCUGAAUAACGCUCAUAAGGACUGGAUCCAGGGUCUUUGCACGAUAAACAAUGGCUCUGUAAUGGUCUCGGGCUGUCGAGGAGGCUACCUUCGGGCCUGGGGGGUGCCCACGGACUCCGAGGGCGAAUGCUCACCACUCGGGGAGGUUCGAGCGCAUGGAUCAGCAAUCAAUGCUGUCGUCACAAAUCAACAGCACAUUUUCACCGCCAGCAACUCGGGUGAAGUGAAGCUCUGGUGCAUUCCCGAUCCUUUCCUAGCAAUGUCAAUGUCGACAAUGUCUAUCUAACUCAUUUUACUCAUCCUGCUUGUGCUAUUAUUUCUGCAACUCAUCAUUGAUAAUUAAUUACAUAUACUUCGUGAAUUUCUAGACUUCACCGUUAUUUUUAUUUUAUCAUUGAGGCAAUCCAAGUUAGCUCUAGUCUCGUAGCUGCUAGCAAAAAUAUUUGUGUCUAAAAAAUGAAUAAGAAAUUAGCUCUGCAGCUCAUUUUAAUCUCAACCAAGGUUGACCUUCGACUCCGUACACCUUCAGGAGUUAUUUAAGCGUUCAGAUCCUUUUAAAUUUAAUUAUUCCUUAGGGAUUUGGAUUUCACUAAACGAUAUUUUCAGCAAUCACUGACUCUGGAUGCCGAGUGACCUUUAAUUAGAACUAAUAAAAGUUGCCUGAAUUAUGCUGAGCAUUAUUAAUUAACAUUUAAUGUUCUAUUCGAAGAAACUCAACAUUUACGAAUUUUUAAAUUUAUAGCACAUUAUGAAGAAAUUUUUUAUUCAAUUGGCCGUAAAAUCGCUUUUGGAAUUCUCACAACAAUAAUAAAUUUUAUGUUUAAUCCACAUCAAUAACAAUAGUUCGUAUAGAAAAGUGUCAACAGAUGACAGUGAAAAAACUUUCGCUUGGAAUUCCUCAGAUAUUUUUUGUUAACUAUUUUAUUAUGAUUUUUGUGCUGUUUGUUCAUGCAUCACAUUUAUCUUCCUUUGCAUGGGAUAAAAAUAUCAGCGAUGGAACAGUCAGACUGUGGAGCUACUACAAACGAGAUCCUCGAACGUUUCAACGGAGCAACUCACUAAAGUGCUAACAUUCGCAGCAACUCACCGAGAUACAUGAACCAGAGUAUUUAAUUUAGAUAAUUAUUUAUCCUAUCGAAUAAAAUCAUGAGAUUAUUUUUAAUAGUGCUGAAUUUAUUAGUAAUGAAGCUGUUCUACUAAUGGCCAGUGAACGGGAGUUAUUAAUUCCGCAGGAGAUUAUGCAUUCCUUUGACGCUCAUUUACCAAUUUUUCUCUACAAAUAGAUUUUCAUGAAUGCUUCAAGUGUACAAUAGAUUGUAGGGUUUUUGUACUGUCUCUCUGUGUUUUUAAGUAUUUUUCUUUACACUGCUUUCAGUGUUUCCUAUAGAUUUUUUUUUAUCUAGAGUAUUAAUUAAUUAGUAAUUGGUUAUCUGGGUUGCAUUUUGUGGUGAAGUGGUUGAUUGAGAAUUUCAAGACUAAUUGAAGAUCUACAAAAAAGGUUGAGAAGAUUUUCUGAAUUUUCUAAAAAUGAAAGAUUUUUCUGAAUUCUGGUGAAAUGUCAUUUUUCAAAUAUUAUGGAAUCUUAGUCUGCCACUAGACCGCUUGAUUAUUUGUAUACGAUCAAAAAAUACAAUCUGUCAGGGUGCGAGAAUGAGUAAACCGUCGGUGCAUUGUCGCAAGACGCCUAAUUUUAGAUGAUAAGAAUGAAAAUUGAAAUAUAUAUGUAUAUGAAACAAAUAAAAGGCUGUUU